UGAUUGUAGACCUCUCCCUUCAGUUGACGGAUCCAAACACCAGUUUUAUGAACGCAAACGAUGGCAUUGUAAAAGACCUUAAGAAAAAAAAAUAUCCAUUGGCUGAUAAUCCCUUCGUUAAAAAACUAAAUUAAGAGUGGGCAGUGACUCUCUUUUCCCCCAGCAACAAAUGGUGUUGAAAUGCAGUGGAGAUGUGUCUGAAUGGAGAUUUAAUGGGCAGAAAAUUUCUGACUCAACAGGCCAAAUCAAAAUCACUAUAAGAAAUAUCAACUCCUCUUUCAAUGGUCGUUAUGAGUGUAUAUCAAAUAAAAACUCAGUGCCAUAUAUUAGGUGGGAAAAUAUUGAUAGCAUAAAACAAUACCCUGUCAUUCAGAUAAGCCAGGACAAAAUAGUUCAGUGUGAAGAUGGACAAAGAGUUACCCUGCAGUGUUGCUCAAGCACAGAUUAUGAAGUUGAGAUGAUGGUGGAGCGUAAUGAAAACGGUCAUCUCAAUCCAGCAAUAUCAGACAAUUGCAAGUAUUCAUACAGUGUACAGAACUGUGAACGUGCUCCAGGAAAAGCUGAACUCAGCUGCAAAGUUAAAAACCCAAACUUGCAGGGCUUUGGUUAUAGUUCAGAAAAAGUGAUGUUAACUUUUAAAAAUGAAGAAUUUGAUUGUCGCGAUGGCAAUUUUGGAGCUGGAAAUGAUGGUGAUGUAGCACAUGGUGACUGUGAAGGUGAUGAAAUUGGUAAUGUUACUGCUAAAUGCAGUGGAACUACAAGUAAUUGGGAGGAACAAGAAAACAAGUGUGUUUUGAUUGUGAUCCAAGAGCUGGAAGAGGAAUCUCAGAUCUUGUCAGCCGAAACCCUACCAAUGUUUGUGGAAAAAUUAAAUAACAUCACAUUGGAAAAUGAAGAAAAGAUAACUAACUCAACAGCAAAUAUAAAAAGCAUUGUAACUAUCCUGAAUAAUAUUGCAAAUACUUCAAAAGACUUUACAAUCAGUGGGGAGGUCAUAGAGGGUUUCAUCAACAUCUCAAGUAUCAUUGUGUCCAAUUCCACCUUUAAUACCUGGGGUGAAUUAAAUGAUGUCAACAAAACAACAAGGAAUGUCAGUGCAUCUUUCCUGGGCUCUAUUGAAGUGAUUGUGAGAGCCCUGCAAAGGGACACAUCUUUUGAAACAGGAACAGACAUCAUCCAGCUACGCCAAACCUUUGUCAACAGCUCAUACAGUGACACACUAGGAACAAAUUCGUCUGCUGCAAUCUUCAUACCAGAGAAGGGGAACAUUACAAUUACAACCAUUACAUUCUCUACCCUAAAUAAUGUCCUACCAGCCAGGAAUAGUAGUGACAAUGAUAGCAGUUUAUCCAACUCCAUCAAUGCAGUUGUGGUUCUGUUGCAAGUAAAUGACACCAUCAGCAACAUCUCGCUAAGCUUUGACCUCAUAAAUGAAACACUAGGAAAUCCUCAGUGUGUCUUUUGGAACUUUGAGCUUUUUGAUGGAUUUGGUGGAUGGGAUUCAUUUGGAUGUGAACUCACUUCAUUUGUGAAUAACACUGUCACUUGUGAAUGCAACCACACAACUUCCUUCUCAAUUCUAAUGUCACCGUCUAUUCCUCCUGGCAUAAAAUUGUUGCUGGAUUUCAUCACAUACAUUGGUGUGGGUAUAUCCCUUGCCAGCUUGAUCAUAUGUCUUAUCAUUGAAGGAGUCAUAUGGAAGAGCAUGACCAGAAAUGACACAUCUUACAUGCGGCAUGUCUGUGUGGUGAAUGUUGCUGUGUCACUUCUGAUUGCUGAUAUCUGGUUCAUUAUAGGAGCAGCUAUAUCAGACUAUCAAUCAGUAGCUGUAGGACCAUGUACAGCAGCAACCUUUUUCAUCCAUUUCUUUUACCUAGCGAUGUUCUUCUGGAUGUUGGUGUCUGCUCUUCUGCUGUUUUAUCGCACUGUCAUGGUUCUCUCACAGAUGUCGAGGUCAACAAUGUUGGCAAUUGCAUUCAGCCUUGGCUAUGGUGCCCCCCUCAUAAUCGCCGUGGUAACUGUAGCAGCAACUGCCGGAGGUGGAGGUUACAUCCGAGAGAACCAAAUCUGCUGGCUCAACUGGAAUGAGACUAAAGCACUUCUGGCUUUUGUGAUUCCAGCAUUGACCAUUGUGGCCAUAAACCUUCUAGUGAUGAUUGUUGUCCUCUUCAAAAUGUUGAAAAGGGGUGUUGGAAACACAACACAGAAUAAUGACAGACAUACCCUAGUGGUCCUUGCAAGAUGUGUCACCAUCUUAACCCCCCUCUUCGGCCUUACCUGGGGAUUUGGCAUAGGCAUCAUGGCUGCGCCUGAAGCUAUAGGACUCCAUGUUGUUUUUGCCGUUUUAAAUUCAUUACAGGGUUUUUUCAUUUUGGUCUUUGGAACGCUGUUGGACAGCAAGAUAAGGGAGGCCUUAACAGGAAGAUGGAGAGUCCCAAGCUCUGACUCAGGUGGCACAAGGAGUACAACUGCUGGGACAUCCUCGACCAUAUUGGAUUUCUUCAGAAGGAUCCAAAGGAGAAAUGUGCACAAUGUGUCAGGGUUGGGGUCAGGGUCGGCUGUCAACUCAGGAACUGGGACUUCAGGCAGCUACAGUGUCACUGACACCUUUGGGAACACUUAAUGAAGACCUUAUGCUUAAUGAAGACCCACCUGCUGGGUGGAUUUUCUAGUUUAACAUUCAUACCUAGAAAUGUGACGAAACAACC